GCCUCCCUGGGGGAGAUGUAGAGGAGGAACAGGCUUGUGACAGAGUUGGCUUUGAAGGAUUAGGGCCUUCCUGUAGCUGAACCUGUGAGAAUUAAGGCAGAGUGUGAGAGUGGCCUGGGAGCAUAAGAGGCUGGAGAUAGAGCAGGGCUAGAGGUGCUGCAGCCAUCUUAAACACCCAGCCCAGGCCUUCCUCAGCUUCCUUCCUCUUGCCCCCCUCCGAUGCCUCAGGGCACCUGGCUGUUUAUGGAAGGGGAAGGAAGCACUUCCUGCUUUGAGAAACCUCCUGAGCUAUAGAACCCUCAGCUUCCCUCCACCUCAGCCAGGCCUAGAAGGCUGGCCCUAGCCAGGUCAGUCCUACCUCUGCUCAGACCUGGAACCUGCCAUGUAGGGCAAGUGCUUGCGCCCAGCACAGCAGUCCUGUCAUCCUGAAUGUGGCUUGGAGGAGGGAGACAAGACAAGACAUUCCUGCCUGCUCUGACCACUCCCCUGAGCUUCCUUUAUCUGCCCUAGGUCAAUGUCACUCCAGGGCCUGGCGAUGAAGUGGACCUUGCUGUGCUGGCCCCUGUCUUGCCUCUUUGUGCUGCUGCCCUGGCCUCUGGCCACUCCAACAUCAAUAACUCCUUGGCUGUGUCCACCUGGCAAGGAACCUGACCUGGACCCAGGGCAGGGCACAUUAUGCCGAACCUGCCCCCCAGGCACCUUCUCAGUCUUAUGGGACUCCCAUCCAUGCCAGCCUCAUUAUCGCUGCAGCCUUCGAAGGAGGUUGGAGGCCCAGGCUGGCACAUCAACUCAUGAUACAGUGUGUGGAGACUGCCAGCCUGGAUGGUUUGGGUCUCGGGGAGUUCCUCAUGUUCCAUGUCAGCCAUGCUCCAAGGCACCUCCAAAUACUGGUGGCUGUGACGAAUCAGGGCGACGGACCCGGCGUGGUGUGGAAGUGGCAGCAGGUACCAGUAGCAACAGUGAGCCUCGGCAGUCUGGGAAUGGCACUCGGGCAGGUGGCCCUGAGGAGACAGCUGCCCAGUAUGCCGUGAUUGCCAUCGUACCUGUCUUUUGCCUCAUGGGGCUUCUGGGGAUUCUGGUGUGCAACCUGCUCAAGCGGAAGGGCUACCACUGCACGGCCCACAAGGAAGUUGGGCCCAGCCCUGGAGGAGGAGGCAGUGGGAUCAAUCCUGCCUAUAGGACAGAGGAAGCCAAUGAGGACACCAUUGGAGUCCUGGUGCGCCUGAUCACAGAGAAGAAAGAGAAUGCAGCAGCCCUGGAGGAGCUGUUGAAAGACUAUCACAGCAAGCAGCUGGUCCAGACAAGCCACAGGCCUGUACCUAGGCUGCUGCCAGCCUCCCCCAGCAUGCCACACAUCUGUCCACAUCGCCACCACCUCCACACUGUGCAGGGCCUGGCCUCACUCUCUGGCUCCUGCUGCUCCCGUUGUAGCCAGAAGAAGUGGCCAGAGGUGCUGCUGUCUCCUGAGGCAGCAGCUGCCAUCACUCCUGCUCCCACCCUCCUGUCCAACCCAUCCAGGGCUCCCAAAGCUAGUGCCAAGACAGGACGUCAGGGUGAGAUCACCAUCUUGUCUGUGGGCAGGUUCCGUGUGGCUCGCAUUCCUGAGCAGCGAACCAGUUCGUUGUCAUCUGAAGUGAAGACUAUCAUGGAGGCUGGGUCUUCAGGGGGUGAUCUUCCUGACUCCCCACAGCCCAGUCUUCCCCUUGAGCAGCGGGCACUGCUGGGAAGUGGUGGGAGCCAUACUAAAUGGUUGAAGCCUCCAGUAGAAAACAAGACAGAGGAGAACCGCUAUGUGGUUCGGCUAAGUGAAAGCAAUUUGGUCAUCUGAUGGGCUGUCUAAAGUUAGACGUUCUGCCCUGCUCUGGGAGGUUCUGAAGGCUUUCUGCAGGAGAGAGAGCUGCAGCUGGGACCGAG